AUGUAUCUCUUUUUCCUCACCCUUUACAUAUAUGUUCUAAUAUAUAUAAUAUUUAAUAAUAUAUUUGUAUCAUUUUGCAAUUCUUAUAUUUUAUUAAACAAAAACGACAUCGUACCAUUUCUUAUAAAAAACAAGAAAAGGAUAUAUAAAAAAACUACUAAUGUAUAUUCCUCCCUUGAUUGGUUAAAUAAAAAAAUAAAUGUAAAAAGCAAAAAAGAAAAAAUAUGUUCUCUACCAAAAUUAUAUUGGAUAAUAAACAACGAAUGGAAAUAUAUACCUUUUCAAAAUAAAAAAAAAAGGAAAUUAAAAAUUUUUGAAAAUGUUAAUAAUGAAGAAUAUUUGGAAGAGGUGGAAGUCAAAAAAAAAAAAAAAAAAAAAAAAAAAAAAAAAAAUAAUGAAGUCAUCAAAAGAAAUAACGACAUCAAUAUGGAAUAUAAUAAUAAAGAUUGUAAUAAAACACGUACUGUUAAAAAAAAGAUGAAAAAAAUUCCUAAGAAUGUUUUACAAAAUAUAGAAGAAAAUAAAUGUUUAGAUGAAAAAGAAAAGCAUAAAAAAGAAUUAGAAAACGAAGAAUUUGAUUUAUUAAAUUAUUUUAGAAUGGAAGAAAAUUCUUUAAAAAGUCAAAUAAAUCCAGAAAAAAGUAAAGAUAUUAUAAGAAGUGAACAUUUUAAACAAAUGAUGAAUGAUAUGAAUAUAAAAGAAGAUGAUGUUUUACAAAUGUUGAAAAGGAGUGAAAAGGAUGUUACACAUUUUAUUAAUAAAAAUUUAACAUUAGAUGAAAUACAAAAGAAAGCACAAAAUGAUGAUGAAUAUAAUGAAAAAUUAUUUGAUAUAUAUAUGAAUAAUAAAAGUAUAAAUUUUUUAGAAAAUAUUAAUUUUAAGAGAAUAGGGAAAAAAUAUAAAGAUAUUGUUAUAGAAGUUAUUGAUAUGUUUAUUGAUAAAAAAUAUAAUUUUAAUGAAUUAAUAAAAAAUAUAGAUGAAGAUGAACAAAAAAAUAAUUGUAUAACUACAUUAAAAGAAAACAUCUUAUUUAAAGAUUUAGAUGAUGCAACUUUAUUUGAAAUUAUAAAAAAAUCUAUUUUAAUUGCAUAUUUAAAUAUAACAUUUUCAAAUGAUAUACAUAAUUAUGAUUGGAAUGUACAAAUAGAAAAUUACAUAACCACAUCAUUAAAUACACAAUAUUAUAGAUUAAAUGAAAUAUCGUAUUCAAACAAUAGCAUAAAUAUAAAUGUAAAAUAUAUUAAAAAUGAUAAGGAUCAUGUAAACGACCAUGAAGAAAUUGAACAUAAUAUAAAGGAUUCAAUAAAACAAUAUGAGCAUAAUAAUAAUUUAAAUAUCCUUUCUAAUUUUAAUAUAUUCAUAUAUUUUACAUAA